CUUUUCCUCAUGAUUUACUCUCCUCUUGCAGACAACGAACUUUAACAGCAAGACCUUAGAGAUGGCAGACAACAAUGUCCAGUACGCUUCUGUUGUUUUCAAAAACAAGAGACCAGCAAGAGCUAAAAAAGAAGAAGAAGUUGUGUAUGAUGAUGUGAAGCCAACCCAAGCAGCUCGGAAAACGACUGUCACAGAGGCUAAAGAAAUGGAAGAAGUAUUGUAUAGUGAAAUGAAGAAACCAAACAAAUCGUCUCUACAAACAUCUGACACAAAUGGACCUUCGUCAGACAAAGAAGCAAAAAGAUGUUGCUUGUAUCAGAAGUUGGUUUAUUGUUUUGGGAGUCUAUGUGUGAUUUUGGUGGUGGCCAUUAUUGGAGUCAGUGUCUACUUUGUAUCUCUUGACAAGAGAGAUAAACCUGAGCUGAAACAACCAAAAGACAAACAAAUUUUCCUGCCAGAUGAAAUUUACAACAUGACAAACCUCAACAACAAAUUCAACAUCCAGGUUCAAAACCUGACACAACAACAACACAACCUGACAGCAGAAAUUAGUCAAGUUCAAAAGAACCACGACUUGCAGACAAAAAUGAAAACUCUCGGAGAAGAAAUAAAAACUUGUAAAAAGCAGAAACUCAAUCAAACUCUGCAUAUCAUUGAUGAAUACUGUCCCAAAGAAAAUGGGAGUGUGAGACGGUGUAGUUCUUGUCCAAAAGGCUGGAUUCACUCUCAGUCCAGCUGCUAUGCAGUUAAUAAUCCUGAACCUAAGAAACAGAAAACCUGGGAAGAAGCACGAGAAGACUGCAAAGGAAAGAGUUCAGAUCUGACUGUUAUUGGAAAUCAAGAAGAAAAGACGUUUGUUGAUGACUCUAGCUGGAAGGAUAACGAGGGUAAAAUGAAAGGGUUCUGGAUUGGUCUCAGUGUUGAAGGAGGGAAAUGGAAAUGGAUGGAUGGAAAUGAUCUGACCAAUCAAGCCUGGAUACAACAGCCUGACACUGACGGUCAAUGUGUAACUUCUCUCCAGAAACGAGAAUGGAAAUCAGUGAACUGUACCGAAAGAAACGGCUGGAUCUGUGAGAAGAAGGCUUUAUCUGUUUAAACAUGAAAUGUUGAGGUUUUUGAGAAGCGGUUUGGAAAACCUUAUUUAAGACAUAAGCAAUUUUCUGGUUUAGCCUUUUUAAAAGCCCCUUUUAAAAGGCUUUACAAGUUUCAAAUGUUUUUCUGAUGAUUUGUCAAGUUGUAAAUUUAAAGUUUUUCAACAGAUUCAAAAGCCAGACAAAAUGAGUUUUACGAUGGCUGAAGUUUUUACUGAUGGUUUUUGAAGGAACUUCCUAAAGUCAUGACUUCAGCAUGACUUAUGAUUCCCGCUGCCUGUGAAUCUUUCUUCAAUAGUUAAGAUAAUUUAUGUAAAUAUCUAUUACAGAAGUUAUUUUAUGCAAUCUAUUACACAGAACAACACAAUUGUUAUUUUUAAAUAUGAAAAUAAAAAAAUAUCUUCCAUUUUUUUCUAUCAAAUAGCUUAUCAAACAUUUGUGAUGCCUGAUUUUGAUUAAGAACUCCAAUAAAUCUCUUCAUAUUAAAGCAAA